AUGGCAAAAGUGAGUGAUAUUGAUGCCCCGCCGCCGAAAGCGAUGGAAAUGGGCCCAGAAACUAAUGACACCGGUGAUGGAGAAUCGGAUGAAGGGGUUCGUUUGAAGAAAGAGUUAGGGCUGAUGAACGGUGUGGCUAUCAUAGUCGGUGUGAUAGUGGGAUCAGGAAUAUUCGUUUCUCCUAGUCUAGCCCUCAAGCAUGCUGGUUCUAAAGGCAUGGCACUGAUCGUGUGGGUACUCUCCGGUUUCCUUUCGAUGAUCGGAGCUCUCUGCUAUGCAGAGUUAGGUACAAUGAUUCCAAAGUCAGGAGGCGACUACGCUUACAUAGGAGAAGCCUUCGGAUCUCUCCCUUCAUUCCUGUACUUGUGGGUGGCGCUGUUCAUCCUGGUACCAACUGGGAACGCCAUCACGGCGCUGACCUUCGCACAGAAUAUCCUUAAACCUUUGUGGCCAGCCUGCACACCUCCAGAUGCAGCUGUCAGCCUCAUAGCAGCUUCAGUUACAUGUUUCCUGACAGUUAUAAACUGCUAUAACGUUAAGUGGGUGACGCGAGUGCAAGAUUCGUUCACGGCGGCGAAGAUUCUUGCGUUGCUAGUCACAUUUUUUGCUAGUUUAUGGCAUAUGUACUCCGAUACAACGGAGAACUUGGAGAAUAUGAUGGAGGGCACGAUCACAGCGCCUGGUGAACUGGCCAUAGCGUUCUACACAGGACUGUUCUCUUACUCCGGAUGGAACUACUUAAACUUCGUGACGGAAGAAUUGAAAGAACCCUACAAAAACUUGCCUCGAGCCAUCUGCAUCUCAAUGCCAGUAGUGACCUUGGUCUAUGCAUUGACCAAUGUGGCAUACUUCGCAGUACUCACCAACGAUGAGAUCCAUUCGUCCCAAGCAGUUGCUGUGACCUUCAGCGUCAAGAUCCUUGGUAUGAUGUCCUGGAUCAUGCCUCUGUUCGUCGCUCUGUGUACCUUUGGAUCCCUAAAUGGAGCCAUCUACGCCUCAUCCAGGCUGUUCUUCGUCGGAGCCAGGAAUGGACACUUACCACUUGCCAUAUCUUUGAUUGAUGUUAGGAGGUUAACUCCUGUGCCUUCGUUAAUAUUCCUAUGUAUAGCGACGUUGGUACUGCUGCUCUCAAACAACGUGGAGUCCCUCAUAGUGUACGUGACGGCAGUGGAGUCUCUGUUCACACUGGCAUCGGUGGCAGGCUUGCUGUACAUGCGGUAUACCCGGCCGCACCUCAUGCGACCCAUCCGAGUCAACAUCAUCCUUCCUAUCUCCUUCCUCAUCAUCUGCACCUUCGUCGUUAUCUGCUCCUGUUUCACCACACCUGUAGAAGUCGGUAUAGGAGUCGUCUUCAUCGCCAUCGGAGUCCCAGUCUACUACAUCUUCAUCGUCUGGAAAAACAAACCCCAAUGGUUGAUCUCAGCGUGCAAUGCCUUCAACCUCGCAUGCUCCAAAAUAUUCCUAUGUCUCCCAGAAAGUUCCAAGGAUUUAUGA